GAGGACGUAACGAAAAUUCGGAGCUAAUUCAAGAUGGCGGCGCCGUAGUGCUGUUUCAGAGCAACAACAACCGGGACAAACAAAGCAAAAAAUAUAUAUAUGGUUAUAUUAUCGGGUUGCUUGGGUCUUUCGCCUGCAAAAUGUUAGCGUUUCGGUCAAGCUAACAUUUAUACGUGUAAACUAAUAGAGCUGCUUGAAGAGACAGUGUGAAAGUCCCGUAAACGGAUUGACUUCAAGCCGCAACUGCAGCAGCGAUGUCAUUUGGCGAGCCGACCGCAGAUACCACACCCUUCUUGUCCGAUGAAGAAGGGGAGGGGACAGAUAUAAAGGGGGAGGGGCAUUCAAAUCAGCCGGAGGCAGAGAGUGUGAGUGGAGUGUCCAGUAAGAGAGCAGUGGUUACCGUUGCAGUCCUUUGCUACAUCAACUUGCUGAACUAUAUGGACAGAUUCACUGUAGCAGGUGUGCUUACUGAUAUUGAGAAGUUCUUCGUCAUCAGUGAUGGCAAAUCUGGGCUGCUCCAGACUGUCUUUAUCUGCAGCUACAUGUUUCUUGCUCCUGUCUUUGGUUAUCUGGGUGACAGGUACAACAGGAAGUUGAUCAUGUGUGGGGGCAUCACCUUCUGGUCCUUAGUGACAUUAGCCAGUUCCUAUGUCACCAAAGAUCAUUUUUGGGCGUUGUUGCUGACACGGGGGUUAGUGGGGGUCGGCGAGGCCAGUUACUCCACCAUCGCUCCCACCAUCAUUGCAGACCUCUUCAUCAAGGAGAAGAGAACAGCCAUGCUGUCUGUCUUUUACUUUGCUAUCCCUGUGGGCAGUGGCCUGGGGUAUAUAGUGGGAUCAGUAGUGAAUAAAAGUGUGGGAGACUGGCACUGGGCUCUGAGGGUGACACCAGCGUUGGGACUUUUAGCAGUGUUCUUGCUGGUUUUUGUGGUGAAGGAGCCCAAACGUGGUGCUAUAGAGGCUCGGUCCGAGCACACCCUGCACAGGACCGGCUGGCUUGCAGACAUGAACGCUCUCUUCAAGAAUAAGAGUUUUGUUCUGUCGACGUUUGGUUUCACGGCAGUGGCAUUCGUCACAGGAUCGCUUGCACUUUGGGCUCCCGCCUUCCUCUACAGAGCAGCAGUCUUUACUGGAGAGAGGCAGCCAUGUGUCCAGCAAGGCUGUGGCACCUCUGACAGUGUGGUUUUCGGCAUCAUCACUUGUGUGACAGGAGUGUUGGGUGUAGGGAUGGGUGGCGCAGUCAGUCAGCAUCUGAGGAAGAGAACGCCACGUGCUGACCCACUCGUGUGUGCUGCUGGCCUCCUCCUCGCUGCUCCCUUCCUCUAUCUGUCAAUCGUCUUCGCCCAGGGCAGCACCAUAGCUACCUACGUCUUCAUCUUUUUUGGUGAGAUGUUCCUCUCUAUGAACUGGGCCAUCGUGGCUGACAUCCUCCUGUAUGUUGUCGUCCCCACACGGCGUUCCACCGCAGAGGCUUUCCAGAUCGUUUUGUCUCACCUGCUGGGAGAUGCUGGGAGUCCCUACCUCAUAGGAGUGGUGUCAGAUUCACUGAAACGGGCGGACUCUUACAUGUGGCAGUUCCGCUCUUUGCAGACCUCCCUCCUGCUCUGUUCUUUUGUGGCCGUGGUGGGCGGAGGCUUCUUCCUGGCUACAGCCCUUUUUAUUGAAAAAGACAGACACCUUGCUGAGAACUAUGUUCCCUCAGAUGAUGCACCGAUUAUUGUCCCCAAGAGAGGAAGAUCCACCAAGGUGUCAGUGUCGAGUGUUUUAAUUUGAGCCGACGUGGAAGAAUCGAGAGAGAUGUUCAUCUCCCUGGAGGAAGUAGAUGGAUGUCCCUGAUCUUAACACCACUUCUGGAGUAGUAUGGGAUGAAUAGAGUCACUGAUUGAAAUUUCACCCCCUCUCUGCAGGGAUUUUUAGGAUAAUUUAUUCUGUUAUGUUUAUAAUAUUAACACCUUUAUCAUUUUUGGGAACAUGACUAACAGUCAGGAAGUGUGACGUGGCACUUCUGGAGGACUUUGUGUAUCCUGGAGUCAAUGUGCUGUCCGGCAUUUAUCAUUCCAGCACUGAGAGAAGAGCCGCGUCUCUUACCGAGGAAUGCCGUGGAAUUAUAGGAAAUGGUCUGGAAGAACACGUGAUCUAGGAAGACGUUAAAAAGCACAAACUGUGUUUGACACCUCAAGCCAAAAGGAGAAGAUUUUAAUCUUUUGUUUGUUUUUAACUAAUAUAAUUUCAGGUUUAUUAAUUAAUGAAGCUGAUGUACAGAGUAAAGUAAAUUAACAGAUGUCAUUUUACUGCACUUUCUUUAAUCACACUAUAUAAUCAUAAUGACACGACUAUGCAUUGACUCGUAAUGUUACGUUACCUGGACCUGGAACACGUCACACAAUACUGGUCCAGAUCUGGCUGAUUUAUUAUUAUUUUUUGUUGUUCAGAUUCAAAGCCAAGCACCUACUUCUACCCAAAUGUGUCAUUUCUCCGAUUCUGCUUCAACUCUAAAUCUUUCCCUGAUUAUUAACUGAAAUCGAUGGUAGAAAACAGAUCUUUAGGAUGUGCCACUUAAAUGAAAGUCAUUCCUUUUUUUAUUUUUAUUUUUUAAGGACACUGUAGUGUUUGUACAAAGAGUUUUACUGAGUUGGAGAAUUUUGGAAUGACGAUGGUCGGCAAAAGCGUGUUUCCUUUUUUUAAAGCAUUAAAUAAGCUGCAGCUCA